AUGGCUGAGCCUCUUCCCGAACCUAUUGCUGUUAUUGGCUUGGAUGCCAAGCUGCCUUGCGACGGAGACAGCGUUGAAAAGUUCUUUGAUUUUCUUGUUGCUGGAAGAUCCGCGCAAGCCCCCGUGCCAGCAGAUCGAUACAACGCGGAAGCCUUCUGGCAUCCCGACAACCACAGAGAUGGAGUUAUUGGCGGAAAGUUGGGACACUUCAUGCAGGCCAACGUGAAGGCGUUUGAUGCCCCCUUCUUCGCAAUGACGCCCGCAGAGGCGGCGAGCUUAGAUCCCCAGCAGCGCAUGCUCCUCGAGUGUGUCUACACAGCCAUGGAAAAUGCUGGCUACACUAUGCGCGACAUGGCUGGCUCACCAACUGGUGUCUACGCGGGAGCUUUCAUGUGGGACUACCGUGAUCUUAUGAUCAAGGACACAGAUACCCCAAUGACUUACACGGCAUGUGGCACAAUCGCCAGUACGCUGGCUGGACGUUGUUCAUGGUUCUACGAUCUCAGAGGACCUGCUCUCAGUGUCGACACCGCCUGCUCCAGUAGUAUGGUGGCUCUUCACCAGGCUGUCAUUGGCCUGAAGUCACGAGACUGUAAUAUUGCCAUUGCCUGCGGCACCAACGUGCUUCUUUCCCCUGAAAUGGGUCUGGAGCUGAAUGGUCUUGGUGUUUUGGACCCGGCCGGUGCCUCAUACAGUUUCGACAAGAGGGCAAACGGCUACGGAAGAGGUGAAGGUAUCGCUGCUGUCGUCCUGAAAAGGAUGUCCGAUGCCAUUCGCGAUGGAGACACUAUUCGUGCCGUUAUCCGCAAUUCUGGAUGCAACCACGACGGUCACUCGCCCGGUCUUACCGCCCCCGCGAAGGAGGCUCAGGCUGAGCUUAUGCGCUUGACGUAUGCCCAAGCCAAGCUUGACCCCGCAGACACGCGCUUCUUCGAGGCCCACGGAACCGGCACCAACGUCGGUGACCCAACGGAGGCCGGCGCCAUCAGUGAAAUGUUCUCUCAGUUCCGCUCGGCCGAGGAGCCUCUUCACAUUGGUGCCCUCAAGAGCAACAUCGGACACACUGAGGGUAACUCCGGUAUUGCGUCUUUUAUCAAGGGCGUUCUGUGCGUGGAGAAGGGUAUCAUUCCUGCGAACGCAUGGUUCGAGGAAGUAAACCCCAAGAUUCCAGCCGAGUGGCAUCUUAACUUCCCGACGAAGGCCAUGCUGUGGCCCCAGACCAAGACUGGCGUUCGCCGAGUCUCCAUCAACUCUUUCGGUGUUUCGGGCACCAACGCCCAUGUCGUCUUGGAAGAUGCGCUCACCUUCCUGAGAGAGAGCGGCCUCGAGGCGCCUCACAGGACCAUCGAAGCGCCCCAGCUGCCAGGCACAUCCUUUAUCAAGGCACCUCCUGUCAUCAACGGCUCUCUCUUCUCUCCUCAGUUGUUUGUCUUCAGCAGUCACGACCAGGAUGGUAUUGCUCGUCUUGCCGACUCCUACAAGACCUACCUGCCCAACAUGACUGAGUCCCUGUACAAUCUCAGCUACACCCUGGCAGCCAAGAGGUCAACAUUCAACUGGCGCACCGCGGUCGUCGCCAGCUCGUCAGUGCAGUUGGAGAAUGCCCUGGCUGAAGGUCAACAAGCUACGCGCGUUGUCGCUGACCCCGGCGUCGCGUUUGUGUUCACUGGCCAGGGCGCCCAGUGGGCUCGCAUGGGCAAGCAGCUGAUGCACUACGAUGUCUACCGGGCAAGCAUCGAGCGCGCUGACGCGUACCUGAAGACGCUGGGAUGCGAGUGGUCCGCGAUUGAGGAGCUCGAGAAGACUGCCGAUGAUUCUCGCGUCAACGCCGCCGAGUUCUCGCAGACUCUCUGCACCGCUCUCCAGGUCGCUCUGGUCGACCUCCUCAACGAUUGGGGUGUCAACUUCCGUGCUGUUGUCGGCCACUCUUCCGGUGAAAUCGCGGCCGCCUACUCUUCUGGCGCGAUCUCUCAGGAGAGUGCUUGGCGUAUUGCGUACUGGCGUGGUAAGCUGUCCGCCAAGCUGGCCAACUCGCCGGAGCAGCCGAAGGGUACGAUGGCUGCUGUCGGCCUGUGUCUCGAGAAGACGCAGGAUGCCAUUGACCGCGUCAACAAGACCGGUUUUGAGUCUGUCGGCAAGCUCACUGUUGCUUGCAUGAACAGCAAGACCAGCCACACUGUCAGCGGAGACGUUGCGCAGAUCGAGGCCCUUGUCGACAUGCUCAGCGCGGAGAAGGUCUUCGCCCGCAAGCUGAAGGUUGAGAUGGCGUACCACUCGAGAUUCAUGGACCCCAUUGCCCAGGAGUACACCGAGUGCAUUGGAAAGAUCCAGCCUGGUUCUGAGGCCUCUGGAGUGCAGUUCUUCUCGUCCGCAUACGGAACGCAGAUUCAACCCUCUAGGCUGCGCGACGCCGGCUAUUGGACCAAGAAUCUCACCUCCCCCGUGAGAUUCAACGAGUCGGUGACGGCUAUGCUCCAAGCCUUGUCCGAGCCCAACGCCGAUGGCAACCAGUCACCUCUCAUCACCGACCUCGUCGAAGUCGGACCCCAUGCGGCUCUGCAGGGACCUCUGCGCAACAUCGUCCAGGACGUUAGAGUCAACGGUGAUGUGAAGUACCACCACCUUCUCAAGCGUGGCGAGUUUGACGUGGAGAUGGCCAUGGCCGGAGUUGGAUCCCUGUUCACUCGUGGCAUCCAGGUCGAUCUUCUGAAGGUCAACCACGUCCCCGGAGCCAAGCCGCUGAUGAUGAUUGAUCUCCCUCGCUACCCCUUCAACCACACUCGCGAGUACUGGAACGAGUGCCGUCUCAGCAGAAACUUCCGCUUUCGCCCUUACCCUCGCCACGAGCUUCUCGGAGCUCCUGUCAACGAUUGGGACGGCAAGCACGACGCCAUCUGGAAGAACUGGAUCAAGCUUUCGGAGAACCCAUGGGUUGAGCACCACACCAUCUCCGGCUCAGUGCUCUACCCUGCUGCUGGUAUGCUCGUAAUGGCCAUUGAGGGCUGCAAGCAGCUUGCGGAGCGUUCGAACCCAGGCAAGGCAAUCAAGGGAAUCCGCUUCCGUGAAGUCUCUUUCCACUCCGCCCUGCAGGUUCCCGAGGGCGCUCUGGGCAUUGAGUCGCACUUGUACCUCCGCCCUGUGAAGCAGGCUGCCUUGGAGGCAAAGGCUGCUGCUUGGCGCGAGUUCCAAGUUCUUACCGCCCAGGAGGAUGACGAGUGGCGUGAGCACUGCUGCGGUCAGGUUCUCGUCGAGUACGAUGAGGGUGCCACGGCCGUCGACGGCGGCCUUGAGGAGAAGGCAUUCAAGGCCCACUGCGAGGCCAGGAUUGACCAGGCUCGACAGAACUGCAAGAGCCAAGUCACUUCUGACAAGAUCUACGGCGCUUGGGAGAGUGUCGGCUUGACUUUCGGCCCUACUUUCCAGACCGUCGAGUCCGCUGUUGUCGACCACGACGCCGGCGUCACUCUGGCCAGGGUCAAGCCCACCACCGCUCUCCUGAAGACGAUGAUGCCUCACAACUACCUGCAGCCGCACUUGAUCCACCCCACCACUCUGGACGGUGCUCUUCAGGCAUGCCUGGUCCCUCUCGUUUCCAACCCCUCCAGGAAGCAGAAGAACGCCAUCGUCCUCUCCUUCAUGGAGGAGCUUUGGGUCUCCACUGCUGAGCACAGGGAGGAUGGCUACGUCGUCUUUGCGGACUCUGACUCUCACGGUCGCAAGAAGCACCUCAUGUCCUGCACUGCUGUCGACCCUGCCUCCAAGGAGCCCAUGAUCAAGGUGUCGGGAUGCAUUGUCACCGAGGUUGAUGGCGAUGAAGACGCAACCUCCGAGGAGGACCCCAGACACAGGGCAUGGAACUUUGACUACAAGAUCGACCCCGACUUCCUCAACCCCGAGGCGAUUGAGAAGGCCUUCACCGGACCUGAGGGUUUCCAGAAGUACCUGAGUGCCCUUGCUCACAAGAACCCCGCCAUGAAGAUCCUCGAUAUCAGCAACACUGCCGCCUUCACGAAGGCCGUUGCGUCUACAUUGGGCCAGCGCUUUUCUCAGUACGAGUUCACCGCCGAUUCUUCUUCCUCUUUGGAAGAAGCACAGAAGAACAUCGCGGAGGAGUCUGUCCAGUUCAAGGUUCUCGACAUCAAGGACGAGCCUGCUUCCCAGGGCUUCGAGUCGGCAUCUUAUGAUGCUCUCCUUGUGCCCGUUGGCCUUAUUCCCAACGAUGACAUCGAUGGUUUCCUCAACAGGUGUCUGGGUCUCCUCAAGGCCGGCGGUAAGUUCAUCUUGACGGCGGCCGAGAGCUCAGACGAGGCCAGCACCUGGGGCGAGUACUUCAGCGAGUCCGGACUUGUCAGCAUCGAUGCUGCGCUUGCCGACCAAGACUCGUCGAUCUUGGUGUUGAGCACUUCCAAGAGCACCAGUGGCACGUCGGCUUCUGGCAGCUACUUCAUCGUUGGCGAUCUCUCUUCCAGCGUCCAGAGCGCCGUUGCCGAGAAGCUGGCUUCCUCUCUGAAGGACAAGGGCGCCACGGUCAAGACCGCUGCGGUGGCUGAUCUCGCUCUCGAGGGAGAGAUUACAGAGAGCACUUACAUUGUUCUCUCGGAACUCGAAUCGCCUCUUCUUGCCUCUGCCGAUGCCACCGUCCUCUCAGCUGUCAAGAACAUGACCACCGGGAAGCGCCUGCUCUGGGUCAACAAGGAGCUGUCUCCCAAGUCUGCCCUCAUCAACGGUUUCGCUGCCAGCAUUCGUCUGGAGAAGCCCGAGCUUGAGUUUGUCACUCUCACCUUUGACCCCAAGGAGGGUGAUGAAACUGUUGCCGACAAGAUCGCCGAGGUCGAUGCACGCCUGUCGAGCACCGAGGGCCCCAUCGAGACCGCGUACAAGGUCACCAACGGCUUGAUCACUGUUCCUCGCCUUGUCGAGGCCUCGGCGAUCACCAAGCACAUCAAGCAGACUUCCAGCGACGACACCACCGAAGUCGCCUUUGGAGCCGACCCCAGCCGCCCUCUGCGCCUUCAGAUCCAGACCGUCGGUCUCCUUAGCUCGCUGCGCUUCACCGACGACCAUCUGUACUCCACUCGCCUGGAGGAUCUCGAGGUUGAGUUCCAGGUUAUGGCUACCGCCGUCAACUUCAAGGACUUGGCCGUCAUGCUCGGUAAGAUCCAGGAGACUCCUGUCGGUCUCGAGGCCGCCGGUAUCGUCACCAGAGUCGGUGCUGGAGUCACCCGCUUCAAGCCCGGUGACCGUGUCUUCGGCUUCACCUUCAACGGCGCGUUCUCUACCUACGGCAGAGGUGCGCAGGGCACCCUAGCCAAGGUCCCCGACAACCAGUCGUUCGCCGAGGCUGCAGUCAUCCCCAUCGUGUACACCACGGCGUACGCUUGUCUCUACGACAUCGGCGACCUCGAGAAGCGCCUGCGCCGCGGCAAGAAGCCCAGCUUGUUGAUCCACGCUGCCGCUGGUGGUGUCGGCCAGGCUGCGAUCCAGCUGGCCCAGCGCGAGGGUGUCGAGAUCUUCGCGACGGUUGGUAGCAUCGAGAAGCGUGACUUCCUCGAGAAGACCUACGGACUGCCCCGCGACCACAUCUUCUCCAGCCGUGACCUCACCUUCAAGGACGGUAUCAAGAGAAUGACUGGUGGCCGUGGCGUCGACAUCGUCAUUAACAGUCUUUCCGGCGACACCCUCCGCGCCACCUGGGAACUUGUCGCACCCUUCGGAAGCUUCGCCGAGAUUGGUCUGGCAGACAUUGAGUCCCGAUCUCGCAUUUCAAUGGGCAGCUUUGCCCGCGGUGUGAGAUUCGAGUCUCUCGAGCUCAACUACAUGCGCCAGACGGACGCCGACCGCCUUGACGAUCUCUUCGCACGCGCCAUGGAGAGUGUCAUUGGCCGCGAGCUCAAGAUCGAGACGCCCAUCACCAAGUUCCCUGUCUCGAAGAUCCAGGAUGCCAUGCGCUUCAUGCAGUCGGGCAAGCACAUCGGCAAGAUCCUCAUUGAGAACCACCCCGAGGAUCUCAUCCCUGUGGUUGCGCCCUCCAAGCCCCGUGCCGAGUUCGCCUCUGAUGCCACCUACGUUGUCUCUGGUGGUUUCGGUGGUCUUGGUCUGGAGAUCAUCCGCUGGAUGGUCAGCCAGGGCGCGCGCAACCUGAUUGUCACAUCAAGGAAGGGACCCAGUGAUGAGGCCUCCAAGGCUCUCGUCAGCGAGCUGCAAGGCAACGGCGUCAAGAUUGUCACUCCUCACUGCGACAUCACUGACAAGAAGGCUCUGGAGAACGCGAUUUCUUCUGCUCUUGCCUCCUUGCCUCCAGUCCGUGGAUGCAUCCAAGCUUCUACGGUCCUCAACGACAAUGCUUUCGGCGAGAUGACUCUCGACCAGUGGAACACUGCCGUCAACGUCAAGGUCACCGGAACCAAGAACCUGUGGGAGGUGCUCUCCAGCGCUUCUGCGCUCGACUUCUUCGUCAUGCUGUCAUCCCUGACCAGUGUCACCGGCAACCAGGGCCAGGCCAACUACAGCGCCGGAAACUCGUUCCAGGAUGCCUUCGCCAAGUUCCUCUCCGCUCAAGGCCACAACGUCGCCGCCCUCGACGCGCCCGUCUUGACCGAUGCCGGCAUGGUCGCUGCCAGACCCCAUUUGAGGACCUACCUGCUCUCCAUCGGCUGGGCGUCCAUGUCCGUUGAGGAGCUCAUCAACGCGCUUGACUACUACUGCCGCCCCAACUCGCAGAGCGCAGAGGAGAAGGUCAAGGAGGCCCAAGUCGUUCCCAGACUGUGGCUCCCCAAGUACUCCGCAGACGAGGGCGCUGAGCAGCCUACCUGGCAGACCGAGCCCAUGUACAACCACCUGGUUCUGCAGGGCGCCGGAAACGGCGGCUCGCUGCCCGGAAAGCAGGGCUCUUCCAAGCGCUCGGUUGGCGACCUGAUCUCGGCCGCCGAGACAUUGGAGGAUGCCGAGCAGAUCGUCCUGGACACAUUGCUGGCGCAGCUGUCCAAGAUUCUCAGCUACGAGUUGGCCGACCUCGACCCCUCCAGGCCCUUGAACGCCUACGGUGUCGACUCGCUUGUGGCUGUCGAGCUUCGCGUGUGGAUGACCAAGGAGAUUGGUGCCGAUAUCUCGGUCUUCGAGAUUACCAGCGGCCAGCGCAUCAAGCAACUUGCCGGAAAGGCGGCUGCUACGUCAAGAUUCCGCCCGAGCGCGAAGGCGGAGUAA